CUGGUGAAAUUUUACUUCAGCUACCACAGUGCUCAGCCACAGCAGUUGGCCGCCGGUGCAGACCAAAAUAUAGACAAUGGGCAAGAAGCACAAAAAGCAUAAGUCCGAGAAGCAUGGAUAUGAAGAAUAUGGAGACAGACCACUGAAGCUGGUGCUGAAAGUGUCCGGAAAUGAAGUGACGGCAGGAAGCUCGAGCCUUGACACUUUUUAUGACGAACAGCCGGCUGACUUUGACAAACCCAAAGACAAGAAAAAGAAGAAGAAAAAGGAUAAAGAGAAAAGCUUUGGGUCACCAGAGGAGGAAAAGGGGAAGAAGAAGGUAACUAAAAAGAAGAAAGGGCAGGAGGCAGAUGGAGAUGAUGACCGGGAGCAGAGCAGGACUCCUAUACGUUCAGAGAUUGAUAAACAGGAAGAAAAAGAACAGACUCCUCUGCAGGAAGCUUUGAAUCAGCUCAUCAGGCAGCUCCAAAGGAAAGACCCGAACGCAUUCUUUUCAUUUCCAGUGACAGACCUCAUUGCUCCUGGUUACUCUGCAGUCAUCAAGCGUCCCAUGGACUUCAGUACAAUGAAGGACAAAGUAAAGAAAGAGUGCUACCAGUCACUGGAUGAACUCAAGGUUGAUUUCAGGAUUAUGUGUGAAAAUGCCAUGAUUUACAACAAACCUGAGACAAUCUACCACAAAGCAGCACGGAAACUGUUACAUUCAGGAAUGAAGAUCUUGAGCCAGGAAAGGCUGGACAGCCUGAAGCAAAGCAUAGAUUUUAUGGCUGGUCUUGACCCUUCUGCCAAACAACCUUUGAAAUCUGAGGAACAAACGAGCACCUUUCUGGACCAGAACAAGGAGGGACCUGCGACUACAGACAGCAGCGAGAGGUCACAGACACCCAGCACUCCCAGACAGGACAAAGACUCUAAGGACGAAGCAGCAAAAGCAGAGAAAGAGCUUCAGGAAAUACGCAAGGUCAUUGAGAAGUCUGGAGGAAAGCUGUCCAACAGAGUGCUGCAGUCUGAUUUGGAGUUUGCAAGGCGGAAGUCAGAUGGCUCCACCACUCUGGCUAUCCUCAACCCAGCAGAUCCCUCAGCAGGAGAUGUGGGUUAUUGUCCUGUGAAACUCGGCAUGAUGUCCAACCGGCUGCAGAGCGGUGUGAACACCUUGCAGGGUUUCAGGGAGGACAAGAGGAACAGGAUCACCCCAGUGUCCUACAUGAACUAUGGGCCAUUCACCUCCUACGCGCCAACCUACGACUCCAGCUUCGCCAACAUCAGCAAGGAAGAUUCUGACCUUAUCUACUCUCUCUAUGGAGACGAGUCCAGCCUGCAGGGCUCAGACAGCUUGUCAGAGUUCCUGGCCAAAUCAGAAGAGUAUGUGUACAAACUGGCAGACAACCUCCUGGAUGCAGUGACAAACGGAGAGCAUUCAAGAAUCUUGAAGGACACCGAGCAACAAGUAGAGCAGCUGUCAAAUAUACAAGAGGACAAGGAUACCGUGGAGGUAGCUGACCCCCAAACAUGUGACAGACUGGAUUUCCUGCGCUCUGCUGCAGGCCUGCAGAUGACUGAGGAGCUUUCUGAGGAAGCCCUGAACAUCCAGCAGAAAUUGGACGAGACUACAAAGCUCCUGCGCAACUUGCAGGAAGUUCAGAGGGAACGUCUGAGUGCCAGGCAGCCACCAAACAUGAUCUGCUUGCUGGCCCCGACUGCCAAGGAGCUGGAGCUGGCUGAGAAGGUGACAUCAAACUUGGCUGAGCUGACUAGUCAGGUGGCCCCAUGUGAUGUCAGCAGUAUCUACGGCAUCAGGAAGGCCAUGGGCAUUGCUGCCCCUCCAGACCCACCUGAGCUCUUCAUAGACCUCACUACAGUGCAGGACACGGCUGAAGCCAUGGAGACCAGUUGUCCAGAUGUGGUUCCAGUUAUCGGUGUGUAAUGAAAUUCCAAACACCCUCCUUCAGUGUAAUAACUUAAGUUUUGUACAAAAAGUGCUUUUUGUGUUACAUUUGUAUGCUUUUCGGCCAAUAAACUUUUUUUAAUAAAAACCAA